AUGUUUCGCAUUAAUUUCAAAUAUUCUAGUAUAAAGAUUGCAAUUAGUGACAAUGAAAAUACAUCUGAUCCUUUUGAAUUAUUAAUUUUGCGUUCUUACGAUAAUAACCGAUUACAAGAAUUUGUAGAAAUCAAUUUACCAAAAUUAGUAAAUGAUCAAAAAUAUGCUUUUAAUGUUAUUACAGAAAACGUAAUGAAUCAUCAAGAAAGAGUAUUUUUUUUAGAUGAUCCGGGUGGUACAGGAAAAACAUUCAUACUUAAUUUGUUGUUGGCUCAUAUUAGAUCCUCAGGUAAAGUUGCAUUAGCAGUAGCUUCAUCUGUUAUAGCAGCAACUCUACUUAGUGGCGGCAGAACUGCUCACUCGACUUUCAAGUUACCGUUAAAUGUAUUAUUUGAUACAGAAUACGUUUGUCCGAUUCGUAAAGAUGGCCCUCUUGGAAAAAUUCUUCAAGAAACCUCAUUCGUUGUGUGGGAUGAGUGUACAAUGAGUCACAGAUCACAUAUUGAAGCAAUCGUUCGAACAUUAAAAGAUCUUAAGUGUAAUAAUAAAUUUAUGGGUGGCAUAACAUUUGUUUUCGCUGGUGAUUUCCAUCAAACCUUACCAGUGAUCCCAAGAGGUACUCGAGCUGAUGUCGUUAAUGCUUAA